CAGAGAAGAGCGUUGUCAUUGACGAGUGGGGCUCCAAUGGGACGCCUUAUGUAAUUGCGCGCACGCAGCGUCAAGUGGUCUGUCUGAUCAAUGGUGUCGGCAGCAUCUCUGUCUGUCUGUGUGGCGGGAGGGGCCGGGCCAUUUGUGAGUGUGACCAAUUCACUAGGUCAACUCAGACACUCCACGGCCGUCACCCGCGAGACACACACACCCACAUGCAGACACACUCCACCACACAGUCACCACGAGAGAGAGAUAUGGCGGGCAGGUGAGUCAGCUAGGCAGCCAAACACACUCACAGAUCGGCCGGAGCGUCACAUCAAAAUCGGCCGGCAGCGAAUCGGACCGCACGAUAGACGCACUCACACCCAUACCCACAGCCAUCAGAGCCAAGCCAGCCAUUCGGUCACACAGCACCAGCAGCUGGUCCACCCAGCCACAUCAAUCACAGCUCGUCUAUUGCGCCCAGCCCCGCCCCCGCCCCGCCACUUUGUCCACUGCCAAUCUUGGGUGCGAGUGGUGGGCUCCACAUGAGCACUAUCAGCAGCACUACCACACACCCCAGCAGAAACAGCAUCAAGCAUGCCCUGCUGUUGAUGAGCUGCUGCUGCUGCUGUUGCUGCUGCUGUUGCUGCUGCUGUUGCUGCUGCUGUUGCUGCUGCUGUUGCUGUGGAGCUUGUCCGUUGAAUACGAACGGCCCCACCGCCCUCAACGCCACGCGAGCCAGCUCAGUGGUCAAUGGGAAGCGGUGCUUGAAGGGACCAUUCCCACACACAGCCGCCUCAGUCGUCAGAAUCCACACAUAAACUGCAGACAACGUUGGACCAGAUGACAUUUGACCAGCAGCACUGCCUCUCGGUCACGCUGACCGUAGUUUCCAAAUGUCCGAAUCUCAACCCAUGCGACGAAGGGAUGGCUGCUGUCGGUGAGAACCAGCCAUUGCCAGCCACCAUCGCCCCGGCCCAUUGUAGUCGUGCAGCCGGCCACCGGUGUGUGAGGCGAUUGGGUGAGGAGGCCAUUCAGAUGGCCACCGACAGUCCUGAACAGACAGACACAACCAAAUGACUUAUGCUCUGACCCUGCCGCCCCAUUGCUGUCAUUGGUGUGGAACCUCUCGAGUAGAGUGAAUCUGUCAUUGCUCUGAUGGGUAUUCCUGAAGUGGUUGAGGAUCUUGUCCUUGGCGAACGACGACACAGACGCAUCGGUGAACUGUUCGCCCAUCGACACCCAUCGGCUGUGGUUGAGCGAGUAGCCGAUGCGGCUGCGCACCGGUGGGUCGUGUGGCUGUCUGUGACGCAGGUACAGGUGGCCGGCAGGGAGGGGGGGGUCGACCUGCACGUAGAAGUUGGGGUCGUCCUUGAUGGCCCGCACCUCACCGUUGCCGUGGUGGAACAGCUGGAGGCAGGUGCCGUCACUGAAGUGAACGUGGGGGCCGACCAUCUUGAGCUGCGCCAUCACACGGGGAGCCGACACAUACGCCUACGCACACAACCACACACAGACAGACACACAGAGAGAAUGAGGCCCUCUCUCUCCCUCCCCUCCCGGCUGUUUGCCGGCUCACCGUUUUGUUUGCGUGUGUGUUGAUGUCAGCCCCACUGAGGGUCACAGGCAGCU